AUGAACGGAAUGUUGAUGCCUCUCCGACGCCAACGAUGUAUGAGCAGUCAUAUUUUAGACCACAACAACAACCGUACUCUGACGCGGAUCGCAAAAACUUCAUCAGCCGAAAACCCCCCUAAGAAUGAUCGCAUUAUCCCGGAGAUUACACCAAAAUCUAAGCCCGCAAGUGGUUGUCCGCGUUUAAACUCCAGUCGAAGGUCGAAUAUCGCACAG